AUGCAAAAGCACGGGCACCCAGACAUCGCAACCGCCCUGAACAAUCUCGCCGACACCUGUUACCUUCAGGGCGCCCUCGAGGAGGCGGAGAGACUGCAGCGCGAGCUGUGGAGUUUUCAGCGCGAGCGCUUGGGUGACGGGCAUCCUCAGACGCUCAAGGUGAUGGGCAUCCUCCUUCCCGUCACACUGACGGCUCAGGGCCGCUUCGCCGAAGCCAUGGGCUUGUGCUCCGAGGCGGGGUCGCAGAUGGACGAGCACCUAGGAGAAAUGCACCCACACACCAUCGCGGCUGCGGCGCUGCGCGAGGUCUUGGCGGCGCAUGCUCUGUACUCGGCACCGCCGCCGAUCUGA